GGCUCUGCGGGAAGGGGGUGAGGGGCCAGGCUGGGGCUGUGCAUGGUCCUGCUCUGCCACGUGCUUCUCCAUCGCAGGAAACGCCUGCAUGGACCCAGAGCUGAGGGGACCACCAUCAUUUGGGACCCCCUCCCCGUGCCCGUAGCCCUCCGGGUCUCCUCCACUUCGGGGGGCUGCGGGAUGGAGGCAGUGCUGUCCCGUCCCACUGCGCAGGGUGCGGGACUCCCGUCUUCCCCGGCCGGGGCGAGGAGGCACAAAGCAGUUCCUUGUCCCGCUCCAUCCCUCCUUCCUGGCACGGCAGGGUCGGGGUCCCCGGCUGAUGCUGAGCCCUGACCCUGCUCCCUGCCCUUGGAGCGGGCAGCGGGUGAAUGUUCAGCAUUUUCGGCAUGCCUGGAGAAGCCUUCAUCAGCUGCUCCCAUGUGCCAUGCCUCCUCCUCCUCCUCCUCCUCCGCGGCACGGAGGAGCAGCACGUUGGGCUGCCCGGCGUGGCCCACGGCCACGGCUCCCCUCGCCCAACCGGGAACAAACCCGCUCUGUGAGCGCACACAGAGGAGCCUUCAGCGGCGUGGGUCCUCGUCCCCCCUCCUCAUCCUCCUCCGGAACCCCAGGCCCAUCAAUAGCGGGAUUGUGCGGAGCCGGGGCAGGUGCCGGGAGCGGGGGCACGGCCGGCGGCACGGGGCGCGUAAACCCCCACGUCGGUUUGCUCGGCAUCGGAGAGCCCCUGCCAGCCCUGCCCGGUGCGGCGGGCAGGGGACAGGCACCCCUGCCUGCACCCUCCUCUGGCGGGGUAUGAUGGCACGUCCCUGUCCUCCGCAGACCUGGACAAACUGCUGUCGGACCUGCGGUCCUUCCUGCUCAUCCUGGACCGGGAAAGCCUCAGCACCGCGGCUCGGGCCAAGAAGAAGUCGGUGGCCGAUCUCCUCUCCCGGCUGCAAAGCCCCCCGUCGGCUCAUCGUGUGCGGCCGGGGAUGCGGGGCUCCUCGCCGACCCGGCACGUGGCUGCCAGUCCCGCUUUUCUCCCCAGGAACCAGGAUGGUGGAUGGAACGGGAGGGAGAGCUUGUGAGUGCUGCCCGGUCAGCACCCUGAGCCUGCAUGGAGGGAGCAAGGUGCCGGGCAUCUCGCCAUUCCCACCAGCCGAUGACUCCUACGAAGAUGCCGAACCCCUCGGCCCCGGCAGAUGCACUGGCUCCGGCGGUGCCGACACCGACAGCAGCCACUACGAGUCGUACGGGGAGGAUGAGGAUGGCGUGACGGACCGUGCCCACUACCUGCGGCGGCCGCCGGCUGCCGGCCCCGAUGCCGAGCCCCUCGGCCGCCCCGAAGCACAGCUCUGCGGCUUUCUCUGGAGGAAGCGCUGGCUGGGGCAAUGGGCAAAGCAGCUUUUCAUCGUCCGGGAGCAUGUGCUGCUGUGCUUCAGGUGUGCCGCCGACCCGCAGCCGGUGCUGGAGCUGGACCUACGGGGCUGCCACGUCGCCUACAAAGCCAAGCGUGGUAAGAAGAUGCCGCACAGCCUGAAGGUGACGGGGACGGCGGGCGAGGCGCUGGUCAUCGGCUUCCAGAGCCGGCAGCAGGCUGAGGACUGGAGGAAGGUGAUCGAAGAGGUCAGCAGCGAUGCCCCGAGCGGGCUGGCAGCCAUCAGCAUCCCGGCAUCACCUUCCUCGAGGCUCGGCAGGGCUGCCGGGUCCCAGCUCAGCAAGGAGGAGGAGGAUUGCUCCCAGCAGAGCCCUGCCCGCAGCCCCCGGCCCGGAGAGGAUGCUAAAGGAGGUUUCCUGGCGGUGCGGCUGCGCGGGCGGUGGCAGCGGCUGUGGUGUGCGGUGCGGCAGGGAGCCCUGCGUAUGUUCCCCGAGCCCGGCGGUGCCCAGCGCCCCGUCUGCGCCCUGCGGCUGGAGGGCUGCGAGGUCUCCCCGGGGGCGGCCGCCGGUUCCCCCCAGCGCCUCCGCAUCCGCAUCGCCCAGCGGGGCCGGGAGCUCGCCCUGCUGCAGACCUGUUCGGAUGAGGAGAGGGAAGCCUGGUUGAAGACCCUGCGGGCCAGGGGAGGAGGGGAGCCAGCUGGCGACGGGGCCCCCACCGAGACCCCCAGGCUGGGCGAUGCCAGCAGCUGCCCUGCUGCGGGUGGGCUGCUGCUGCGCCGUGUCCCGACCCCCAACGCCUACAUGGAUGACCCCUUCGGGCAGCUCCCACCGACCGAGGUCCCCAAGCACCUCUACUCCAAUGUGGAGCGCCUGCAGCAGCUGCAGCAGAGCUUGGACCGAGCAGUGCCAGGGCAGCGCAAGAGACCCGUGUCUGCGCUGCCCGCCGGUGCCUGCAGCAAUGCCCUGGGCAGCGCAGCAUCGGCGGCAGCUCUCCGGGACAGGGCUGCCAGGCCACAGCGGGCGAAGGUGAGCCCCGAGCUCCGGAGCAGGGAUCUCUCCCAGUCCCAGCGCACCCUGACGCUGCCCGAGAGGAAAGGGGCUCGGGACGGGCUGGAUAUCCUCAUCGGGAAGAGAGCCUUCCCCAAACUGGAGGAGAAGGUGGGGCAGCUGGAGAGGGCCUGCCGCAUGAAGGGCAGGCUGAAAGCCGGCUCCGAGAUGAACCUGCUGGCCAUCGGCAAGUCGCUGAAGGGUCACAUCGCCGCUACCGCCAGCUCGGCCGGCUCCGAGGGCUCAUUCCUCACGCCGCUGUUGAAGCGCACCGCAUCGGCGAAGAGUGCCCUGAAGCCAUCUCCCUCCCCGGUCCUCGUGGAAAAGGGAAAAGUGCUGCAGAAGAGAAAGGAGUGGGAGAUGAAGUCUGCGAUGUGACCAGUGCUGCAGCGGCCCCGGGGCAGCCCCCGACCCGCAAAUGUAUCUGCCGGACCGGGCAUCUCUCAGCAGAACGUAGGGCUGCACGUGGAUCGUGCAGGACCAGCCUGGUAUCUGUUUUUUAACCAUCAAUAUCAACGCUACAACUACGCACAUCUAUUUUUUUUAUAUAUAUAUGUAUACAUAUAAACUCUCCGUCUGUGGGUUUCUAGUUUCUCUGGCAUGAGGGCUGGAGGGUGGCGAGCCCCUCGCAGGCUCGCUGCCUUCUCGCCCAUCCCAGCACCUUGGUUUUGGGGCACAGAUUUCAUGGUUGCAACCUCGUGAGCUGCUGGCUCUGUCCCUGAUGCGGGUCUGGUCAAAAUGGUGCACCGGCAGCACCCCGGUCGUCCGUCCCCCCCACCCAGGGACACCCGCUCACAGGGCUGGGUGCGGAUACACCCCGGACCAGGCAAGCUGGGGGGGGACACGCAGCUGGGGGCUGCUUGGGGCACUUAAUUGCACCUUCCAUGGAGUUGGCGGGACCCGGGCUGGGCCCCGGGCUGCUUUCCAGCAGCUGUGUUUGUCAUGGCUUGUUUUUAAUUGUAGAAACAUGUUGGGUUUUUUUAAGGAUUAAAAAAAAAAAAAAAAAG